AUGAGCUCCUCCCGCGCGCUGACUUCCGCCCUCCGUGGCGGCAUGAGCGUCAAUGUUCGUCGCGAGGUACUGGCCGUACGUGGAGGCCACGCGCACCGUCCCCCACCUCCCCCUUUCGCGCGUCUCAAAGCGCCAGCGCAGCCGCUACACGAAGAGGCGGAGCUCGUCUGGAACGACGGCGUGUCCCCCGAGACGCUCAUUGACUUUGAUGCGCCGCACAUUCCCAAGUACCAGGCGCUGAGACACUGGCUGUGUGGACUGGGCUUCUUUGUGACGCUCAUGGGCGUCGUGACGCUCUACGAUCCCGACUCGUGGCGACAAGCGGUGAAGCGGGAGACUUGCUUGCCGGAUCUCAAGUGGGAGCUGGGGGAGAUUGACGAGCCGGAAAGCGAGAUGAGUGCGUGA